AUGAAUAACCCUUACGGCUUCGAAGACAAACGUGUCUAUGUGUUUUUGGAUCUGUUGGAUCAAGCCACAGAUAGACAAAAAGAAGUACAACUAAGAUUAGAUGCUUUGAAUUCUCUUAAACAAUUAGUCGGAGAACAAGUUAAUAUAUUACAACCUGAUUUAUUAUAUAGAAUUAGUGGUUUUUUACGAGAUUCUGUAAAUGAAAUAAAAGAAUGGACCGUAGAAUUUAUGGAGUUUGCUUUUAUGAAAAUUGGAUUAUCACGGACAUUACGGAAAGAUAGUUUAGAUAAAGUAUUACCUUCCAUAGGAUAUAUUAUCAACUACGAAUCUUCUCCUGCUAUAAUUAAAAAAGCGAUACUUUGGAAUUCUUCAAUUUAUCCAUUAAUAUUUGAAAGAGUAGCUGAAAAUACAUUAGAUUCCGCUUCCCUUUGGAAAACUUCUUCAUCAAUCAAGUCUCAAAUUAUGAGGUUUUUUGAUUCGGAAAAUACGAAUCAAGGCAUUCGAAUUUGUGCUGUCAAGUACUUUGCAACUGUCGCAAAAGUUCAAUCUCGUCGAAUGCCGGAUUCAUUGCCUAGACCCGAAGAAGACUUUUCUUUGUCUAAUUGUCAACCUUUACAUCCCGUAUUGGAUUUACAAUACCUUGAAAAAGAAUCAGUGUCAAUUGUUAAUGGAUUGAUGAUGAUGAUGCGAACCGAGUCAAGCAGCGUCAUUACGGCUAUAAUUAAUGCAUUUGGACCUCUGUUAAGAGCAAGACCACAGUAUGUUUCAACAUUCGUAAACAAUGUGGUAUCAUGGACAAAAAUCCCGGAAAAAAAUUUGCGUUUAAGCGAGUUUCAGAUAAAAAGUGUUAAAAGAUCGAUGAAGGUGCAAAUGAUGGCAUUAUUAAGAAUACAUGAAAAUGCGCUUUUCGCUAUGGAAAUAUUUAAUGCUAUAAUUGUGUUAGGAGGCAAGAACGAUCCCUCGAAAUUUCCAAGACAAUUUCGUAGGAAUUUACAACAAAGAGAAGCUAUGGAGGAAAAUGGUCGUGGGGUUGCACAAAGGUUUCCGAUCCAACAACAAUCGAAUAUUAGUUUUGAUCCAUCACAAUUUGCUCUACCUUUUGUCGUGGAAGUCAUUUGUUUGGUUUUGAAAACAAUUCCGCAAGAGAGAUUGAAUCAAACGAAAAAGGCAAUACAAGAGCGAAAUACAAGACAAGUAACAACAUCGACCUCGCAACAUGAAACAUCAAAAAUUCGUGAUCAAAAGCCACGUGAUCCACAUGAGAUAGUUCAAGGAAUAGUUCCUAAUUCACCAACUCCACCUUCGGUAGAAUCAGAUUCUGAUUUGUCAAUGGAAAUGGAAGUAGAUAAAACUAAAAUCGAACCUAUACCUCCUCCAUUUGAAGAGGACGUUUAUAGUGAUGAUGUUGUCGUAGAUCUACCAAAACCAGAUAUGAUGGAAGAAAUAACUCCAACUCCACCUGAAGUCGAAUCAACACCAGAACCACAAACAUUGCCUGUUCCUACUUUCAAAUUUCAACCUUACGCACUUCCACCUCCCGAAACCUUGUCCCAAGAACAUUCUAUUUCUUUUAUAAAAAAUGCUUUUAAAAAUAUUUUGGAUGUUGAAGCUGCAUUAUCUGCUGAUGUGAAAGACAAACGUUCGAAUGUAGUUCUAACAACUUUGUCUAAUGGUAAAAGACUAACAAAAUCACAAUUACACAUAAUGGCUUCAAGGUUCUUAACUCGAGGCCUUGAAACUUAUUAUGAGAAUGGUCACAAACAAUUUGAUGACUUGAGAGAAAUGAUUGUUCAAUUUAUACUUAAAGAUUUCAGGAAUAGAACAGAAUUUGCUUUAACGUGGUUAGAUGAAGAAUGGUAUCAUGAUUCUAUUAUGUUACGUAAAGAUCCUUCAUAUCAACCAAACUACUCAAUUUGGUUAUGCAAAUUGUUAGACAGAAUCAUGCCAGCUCUUGAAGAUCAUAUAUUUACGCAAUUUCUACUGGAUGUUCCUGAGUUAUUUGAAGAUGCUGUGGAUCGAAUAAAAAUCUUUUGUAACGAUCCUGAUAGGAGUUCACUUGGAUUCGCUACUUUAAGUGAAUUGAUUGAACUUAGACCACCAGCAAGACCAUUUUGUUUAAAAAUUUUGUUGGCAUAUUGUUUGCACAAAG